AUUCUCCCCUCAUCUGGACCGGGCGGUGAAAAAGGCGCUAAGGCAGCCGGCGGGGAUCGGAGAGUGGAGCAACGCCAUCUGUUAGUGCAACACAAAGAGGUGCCAAUUCUAGAAAAAAAGUUAGUGGCGGACAUUUCCCCUCGCCUGGACCGGCCGGGACAGGACACAGCUUGUCAGGUCAGGUCAGGUCAGCUUUUUCUUGUCCCCCUCUCUCUCCCCUCCUCCCUCUCACUUUUUCUUUCCUCUUCUUCUUCUUCAUCUUCUUCAGCAUCACACUCAUCCUCAUUCACACAUCCAUUUCAUCCCACCCAAUCAAUGGCUGUCCCUACCAAGCUCAACAACGCCAACUUGGCUUCCAUCGCCACCCCCGCCAACCAGCAGAGCUCCUCCUCCUCCAAGCCUGUCCAGACGCCCACCUACAACCGCAAUGGCGUUACUGAGGGCAUCGUGCACAUUGGUGUCGGUGGCUUCCACAGAGCUCACUUGGCCGUCAUUGCCAAGCUGGCCAACCCCGACACCCGCAUCGUCUCCAUGACCAUCACCGAGAGCGGCUACCACUACAACGAAAACACCCACCAGCUUGAGGCUCACAACCCCGACAUUGCCGCCGAUGUUGCCGCCAGCGACCUGUCCUCCCCCCGCACCACCUACGGCUACCUCUACGCCGGUCUUGAGAGACGCCGCAAGGCCGGUCUCAAGCCCUUCACCGUCCUUUCAUGCGACAACAUGCAGAAGAACGGAACCAUUACCCGCAACAUGCUCAUCUCCUUUGCCCGCCUCCGUGACGCCGACAUGGCCGACUGGAUCGAGAAGAACGGCGCCUUCCCCAACUCCAUGGUGGACAGAAUCACCCCCCGAACCACCGACGCCGACAAGGUCAGCCUCGCCGACGAGUUUGCCGUCGAGGAUGCCUGGCCCGUCGUCACUGAGCCCUUUAUGCAGUGGGUUGUGGAGGAUGUCUUUGCCAACGGCCGUCCCGACUUUGACAAGGUCGGCGUCCAGGUUGUCGGCAGCGUCCACGAAGUCGAGAAGUUUGAGUGCCACAAGCUGCGUCUGCUCAACGCCAGUCACACCGCCGUCUCCUACGCUGCCUACCUCGGCGGCUUCGAGUACGUCCACGAAGUCUUUGCCAACCCCCUCUUCCACAAGUACAUCUACAACAUGAUGCACCUCGAGGUCAAGCCUCUGCUGCCUGCCAUCCCCGGCGUCGACAUUGACAAGUACUGCGACAAGCUUCUCGAGCGCUUCUCCAACCCUACCAUCAUGGACCAGAUUACCCGCCUGACCCUCAAUGGCUCUGGCAAGCUUCCCCAGUUCAUCAUGCCCUCGGUCGCCGAGCAGAUCAUGGCUGGCACACACAACUUCCGCCGCCUUGUGUUCUGCGUUGCCAGUUGGUUCCGCUACCUCAACGGCACCGACGAACACGGCAAGGCCUACGAGAUUGACGACCCCAUGGCCGACGAUCUCAAGGCUCGUGCCCUCAAGGGUGGCAAGAGCCCCUUCCCUCUCUUCGACGUCAAGUCGCUCUUUGGUGACGAUCUUCGCGGCGACAAGAAGCUCGUUGACGAACUCACCGCCUGCCUGGAGAGCUUCUACAACGAGGGUGCCAUGGCCACUCUGGCCAAGUAUGUCGAUUAAAAUAAUGCAAUGGAAAAACGAAACGAUGUAAUAGAAAGUAUGGAGUAAUGGGUAAUGCCUCACGGUUUCAUUUUAAUUAUAAUUUGAAAAACACAACA